UCAAGGAGGUAGAUCUGUCGAGUAUUAAGAUGUCAGAACAACUUAGCAUUGAAACUGGGGUCGUUUGUUCCAAGUAUAAUGUUGAAUGUCUGGGGCUGAUCGAUACUGACUUGAGAGAGAUUCAUCUUCGUAAUUUCCUGAAACAUGUUGGGAAUGGUAAAUUGAAAAAGCUCGAUGUCGGCCACAAUGAAAAUCUUGGGGUUGACGGGUUGUCAGUCACAGGUAUUAUUGUGUCACAAUGUGAAGUAGAGAAGGUUGGAAUGAGGGAUUGCAAUCUGACAGCGGAAGAAAUGAAAGCAUUCAAAGAAAGUGUUCGGGAUGCAAAGUUGAAGGAUUUCUAUGUCAGCGGCAAUGAAAAUCUUGGUGUUGACGGGGUUGCAAUCACAGGUAUUAUUGUGUCACAAUGUGAAGUGGAGAAGAUUGGAAUGCAGGAAUGCAAUCUGACAGCGGAAGCAAUGGAAGCAUUCAAGGAAAAUGUUCGGGAUGCGAAGUUGAAGGAACUCAAUGUCGGCAGCAAUGCAAAUCUUGGGGUUGACGGGGUGUCAGUCACAGGUAUUAUUGUGUCACAAUGUGAAGUGGAGAUAGUUAGAAUGGGGAAAUGCAAUCUCACAGCGGAAGCAAUGAAAGCAUUCAAGGAAAAUGUUCGGGAUGCAAAGAUCAAUUGGUUGGAUCUGAGUUUCAACAAAGUCAGCAAACUCGGAGAUGGAGGAUUAUCUAUAAUCAGUGAAAUUGUUCAUCAAUGUCAGGUUCAAACAUUGAAGAUGGUAUUUUGCGAAUUCAGCUCUGAUCAGUUGAAAAGAUUCAAAGCAAUGAUCGCCGAUACCGGGGUUGAGUUCGAAUACUAACUAAUUCAACACAAUGUUUUCUUUUUGUAAUAAUUUUGGAUUGUUAAGAAAUUACUUUUAUCUGAUUUUACAUGGAAACUCAAAUAUAUUUUAUUAUAAUGGUGAUUCAAACAAAGUUUUUAUCCAGUUUGUGAUUAUUUCUGUUUAUUGGUGUGAUUCUAUAUUCUUGUAUUCAUACUUAUAAGAUUAAACAAUACAGAAAGCUUUAAACUUUUACUGCAAUGUCGAACCAUGGCCCCAACCGCGAUUCCCGACAACAAGUUUAGACUUUGCUCUAUUUCCAAUAAUUUUCGUCCCUAACUUUCUGAUGUAAAAAUAUUUUUACCACGGAAAAGCAUCAUUGUCACAAAAACAUUAUUGUGUUUCAAUUCACAAUUUCGAUUCCUGGCCUGAAGCUUGGAAAACAAACUUUGCAUCAAUACCCGUCAUAUACAGACUAUGAAGCCUUUAAUAAACUCAUAAAAUGCAUCCGUUUUCGCUCCGAACAAAACUUCUUGAUGUUAAAAUCGGAUUUUUCAAUACCUUUCCUAAUAUAUUUGAGAACAUGGAAAGUAGGUUGAGCUUUCCAAUAAUUAAACCUGAGAUCUCAAACUCUAACUAAGGCAGUAAUUCAACUUUUGCAGUGUAAAUGAAGAAGACCUUUUUAUGCUUAUAUGACAGUUAUAUUGUUUCCUGAUUUAUUCAGACACAGAAAUAUUUCAUUGUGUAUAUUUUGAUCACAAAACAUUAUUAUUUGAAACUUGAGAAAUUUUUUUCUAGAAUAUUUUGCGUAGAACUGAACUACAUUUCUAAUGUACUACUGGAAACCCUUACAUAAACAGGGCUCUAGACAAGCUUCCCGUUUACAAUAAAAACACUCUCAAUAUAACACGGCUUUCCUAUUUUUUCACUCUCUAGUAGCCUGGAGAGAUAAGUAAGAUACAAACCCGCAAUCUGUAGCUCAAGAAAACGUUAGUUAUCUUCUGACCAUGCAUAUGCUUGUUUGUUUGCAUUUUAACUAAGCCAUUUAUUUGAUGAUUUUACGUUUUGUUUAUAUUCUACUUUUAUUGACCAGAACUAUUUCCAAUGAAUUUUUACACUUAAUUCAUAUAUUUUGAUGUAUUUAAUGCCGACAUUCUUACCAGUUCAUUGUCCGGAAAUAUUAUGUUAUUUACAUUGCUGAUUGAAAACUAUGAUUGGAUAUUUAGCGAAUGCAAAUAGUUUGAAUUAGCAUUGAGCAAAGAAUUUUAGCUUUUUUUUCUUCUGUGUUUGUAUGGGUUUUCUGCUUAGAAAUAUAUUAACUAGAUAGCAGGGAUAUUAAAUAAAUGAGGGUUCAGUAUCUUUAUUUUAUUGCUGUUUAAAAACUCACUUUUGUAU